AUGGUAUUUAUCCGAUCACCUCUUGUUCGCCAGCUUCAGCGUCCUGCGUCGUCAAUCCUGUCCGCCGCAGGGUUUCUUAAACCGUCUCCGCGGACGAAGCCUUUUCUUGGUUCCCGUACACUGACAGCUUCUGCUAAACGACAGGGCAAAGUUCUUAUGGUCCUUUAUGAUGGCGGUGAGCACGCCAAACAGCAGCCUGGUCUUCUGGGCACCACCGAGAAUGAGCUGGGCUUGAGGAAAUGGAUCGAAGAGCAGGGCCACACUCUGGUCACCACCUCCGACAAGGAAGGCGAAAACUCCACGUUUGACAAGGAGCUGGUCGAUGCCGAGGUCAUCAUCACCACCCCGUUCCACCCUGGAUACCUCACUGCCGAGCGUCUGGCCAAGGCGAAGAACCUCAAGCUUGCUGUCACCGCUGGUGUUGGUUCUGACCACGUCGAUUUGAACGCUGCCAACAAGACCAAUGGCGGUGUCACCGUUGUCGAGGUCACUGGCUGCAACGUCGUCUCCGUCGCUGAGCACGUUGUCAUGACCAUCCUUCUCCUGGUCCGCAACUUCGUCCCCGCCCACGAGCAGAUCCGCAAUGGAGAGUGGGAUGUUGCUGCCGUCGCAAAGAACGAGUUCGACCUCGAGGGCAAGGUCGUCGGCACCGUUGCCGUUGGUCGUAUCGGCGAGCGUGUCCUGCGCCGCCUAAAGCCCUUCGACUGCAAGGAGCUCCUUUACUACGACUACCAGCCUCUUAGCCCCGAGACCGAGAAAGAGAUUGGCUGCCGUCGUGUCGAGUCUCUUGAGGAGAUGCUUGCUCAGUGUGACGUCGUGACCAUCAACUGCCCUCUGCACGAGAAUACCCGUGGUCUCUUCAACAAGGAGUUGAUUUCCAAGAUGAAGAAGGGUUCUUGGCUCGUCAACACCGCCCGUGGUGCCAUCGUCGUCAAGGAGGAUGUCGCUGAGGCUGUCAAGAGCGGUCACCUCCGUGGCUACGGUGGUGACGUGUGGUUCCCUCAGCCUGCCCCCAAGGAUCACCCCCUGCGUUACGUUCAGGGCCCAUGGGGAGGUGGCAACGCCAUGGUUCCUCACAUGUCCGGUACCUCCAUCGAUGCUCAAAUCCGCUACGCCCAGGGUACCAAGAACAUCUUGGACAGCUAUUUCUCCGGCCGUGAGGACUAUCGCGCGCAGGACCUUAUCGUUCACAAGGGUGACUAUGUCACCAAGGCCUAUGGCCAGCGGUCCAAGGCUUAG